AUCAUUGACAUCCCUAAAAAUCAAAAUUUAAACACAAUAGAGUGUAAAUAAAUAAAUAAUUAAAAUUAUCAUAGCAUUGCUAUAAAAUUGGAAUUACGAAUGUCGCUCAAUCAGUAUUUUCUUGUUACAAUUAGUGUUUUCUUAUUUUUAUAUGGGUUCUUUCCUGUUUCUGAAGUUCCUCUGAAUCCGGAUAAUGAACCACCUAUACAAAUAAACAAUAUCAGUUUGAAUAAGGAGAAGAUGUAUACUUCUGCUUACAGAAGAACAGCUAUAAUUGUUAUAGAUGCUCUUCGGCUAGAUUUUGUGAAUACAAAUGACAUGCCUCUCACUUCAAAAUUAGUGCAGCAAAAUGGUUGUUUUUGUAAAGUCAAAGUGGAAGCUCCAACAGUUACUUUACCACGUAUUAAAUCUUUGACAGCAGGAAACGUACCACAAUUCAUAGACCUAGUACUCAAUUUAGCUAGUACAGAGAUCUUAAAAGAUAGUAUAAUCCAUUCUGCUCAACAGAGUGGUAAGAAAGUUGUAUUUUAUGGGGAUGACACAUGGCUGAAGCUUUUUCCUGACAAGUUUUACAGAUAUGAAGGUACAACAUCAUUUUUUGUGAAAGAUUUCACAGAAGUGGAUGAUAAUGUAACCAGAAAUGUUGAAAUGGAGCUAGAAAACAGUGAUUGGGACAUCAUGAUUCUACAUUACUUAGGAUUGGAUCAUAUUGGUCAUGUUUAUGGGCCUUUCUCAUCAUUAGUACCAAAUAAACUGAAUGAAAUGGAUGAAAUAGUCCAUAAAAUCCAUGAUAACAUGAAAACAAAAAAUGAUAAUACCCUUCUGAUAGUUACUGGUGAUCAUGGCAUGAGAGACAGUGGUGGUCAUGGAGGGUCAACUUAUUCUGAAACUCAUGUACCAUUCUUGAUUAUAGGACAUCAAUGUGAUAGCAGCUCAUUUCCCCAAACUGAUAUACCUGUCAACUUAGCAGUAUUAUUAGGCUUAAGAAUACCUGCAUCAACAAUUGGUAGACUACAAAGAAAUUUACUACCAUUCAACUUGGAAAAGUAUUUGUAUAUGUUACAUUACAACACCUUGUUAUUAGGAAGAAAAAGCUCUCUAGGGAGAGAAUAUUUUGAGCGUGCUAGUGCUUACCAUGAGCACUACCUCAAAACUUCAGAUGAAGUGAGUGCUCAAACAGCAAUUGAACUCUAUGAAUAUUGUUCAGAAGUUAUCAGUCAAAGUUUGAUCAAAAUGUCCACUGAACAGAAAUCAAGCUGUAUAAUAUUUGCUUUGAUGAUUAUGCUUAGUAUAUUGCCUUUACUGAUAUUGCAAAUUACUGGUGCUAGUAGAGUUCCUCAAAGAAUUAAUUGUAUUGGAAACAUAUUUAUGUCUCUGUUUAUAUCAAGUUAUUUUUUAACUUCACACUAUGCUUUAGUUUUUGUAUUUAUAAUUCUGUCCAUAAUGCUAGUCCUCAACUGGCAAUCAUUGAAUAUCAAAGUAACAGGAUUACUAUGCCCUGGAAUUCAAGCCCAAAUAGUUUCUAGGAAUAGUAUCCCAAGAUCAUUCAGUACUGGUGUUCAAGACAACAUUGAUGCUUCAAUUACUGAGCAACUUGGGCAAGCUCAUUUAAGAUAUUUCAAUAGUACCACAACCAAGAACACAACCAUAUUCUUGGUUCUUUUUAGUGUGAUUCAACCACUUACAUUUAUAUCAUCUAGUUUCAUUGAGGAAGAACACCAGUACUGGUAUUUUUUUUAUAAUCUCAUGAUCUCAUUUUCUAUCAUCAAUAUAAUGAAACAGAGAUGUCUCCAGGACUCCCUACAGGAUAUAUGUUUAUUAUUAUUUUUACUGAUAGCAUUUCGUUUUUUGAGGAACAUGAAUUCCACUGGUGAUAUGUGGGGGAACCAGCCAGAUAUUUCUGACUGGUUAUUAAAAGAGGAAAAUAUUCAUUUCCAUCAGUUAUUUUUCAUUCUAGAACUUAUUCUGGUAUUUCUUGCUCAAAUUAUUCUCAUGAGAGAUGCAAUUAUGUAUACUCAUGUUGCAAAUUUUGUAAUACUCUCAUUGAUUUUUCUAUACAAAAAUAGUGAUGAUAAUGUAGUUCUUGGUAGAAUCAUUUGGCUUUCAAUAUUAUGUCACUUUGUAUUGUUGCAUACAUCAAGAACUAUAACAUGGAUUUUAAUUUCAUGUCUAAUGUUGAAACCCUAUAAUGUAAUUUUAGUGCCAUAUUGUAUUUUUUCUAGUUUGAUUGUAUCAAAACAUCUAAAGCAAAUAGAAAAUGUAUUUUUUCAUUCACUGCUAGGAAACCUUUUAUUUUUUGCACAAGGACACAGUAAUAGCUUAGCUAGUGUUGAUGUAUCAAUAGGAUAUAUAGGUUUAGAAAAAUAUAAUGCAAUUUUUGUUAUUGCACAAGUGCUUUGUCAUACUUAUGUUUUUCCAGUACUUUGUCAUGUACUUAUUUUCAGAAAAAAGAGAAUCAAUAAAAACAUAGUAUGGAAAACCUUAUUUACUUACAGAUUAUAUACCCAUAUUGUAGUUUGCAUAGUGACACUUAUAUUUAGGCAUCAUUUAUUUAUAUGGUCAGUAUUUGCACCAAAGUUAUUUAUAGAAAGCAUUCAUACUGUGUUCCUAUUCAUAGAGAUUUUUUAUAUUAAUACUUCUGCCAUGUUAUCAUCAUUUUCAAAAAAAUACUUUUAGAUGAUCAUAAGAAGAGUAAUUCAAAAUAAAUAACAUCCC